AUGAACGCGUUCUGCAAUCCAGAAUCGUCCCUCGCCAAUGUCACCGAGGAAUUUGCACUACAAAUGGCUCAUAUGAAAUAUACAUUCACAAUUUUACAGAUUAUAUUUUGCCUGAUAGGCGUUAUGGGUAAUAUUUUAAAUCUACGCACUUUACAAAGUCCGUCGCUUCAAACGGUACCAUUCAUGUACAUACGAUCAUUAGCGUUUUUUGAUCUGAUCUCUCUAUCGGCUAUUCUAUUGCAUUUCAUUCUUGAGCCAGCUGCCAAAAACUAUUUUCUGAUGAUAUAUUCAACAUAUAUAGAAGCUGCAUUUAUUAAUACAUUUCUUGUUGCUGGCCUCUACUGUGCGUUUAUGCUCACCGUUGAAAGGUUCAUGUAUCAACGAAUGAUGCGGUCACAAGUUAUCUAA